AUGGCUACUGUUAUGACGGCGCCGACCACCAACCAGAUCUCGGCGUAUGGUCACCCCUCACCCACCAACUCAAAUACGACUACUCCGUCCAAUAAUUCUCCUACUUCUCCUCGUCUCACAACCGCUUCGCUGCACCAGCUACCCCUUCAGUCUCGCCAGUUGCGCCCGCCCAAGGGUCCGCUUUAUGUUCCUGCAGCCCUGCGUCCCACUGAACGGCCCCAGAAAUCAUCCCCAAUCACCCCGCCUCGCAGCGUACAUGGUUCCCUAGAUAGCUUGAGCGAAGAAGCUGCUGAGCCUAUCAGCCGUCGUUCAACUAUGGAAAGCAGGUCCAGUGGAAUUAGCAAGGUCGCUAAAAAUGAGUGGAUGAAGACCGAACACCUGGGAGAGGUUACUGGGUUGCCUACUCGCGAUCACUGGAAAGCUGAUUCUGCUUCUCCCAACUGCGACUCGCCUACCUGUCGUUCUUCCUUUGGUCUUUUCCUGCGCCGUCACCACUGCCGUCACUGUGGUCAUGUUUUCUGCUCCUCGCACACUCCUCACAUUGUUCCUCUUGACCAAGAGGCACGCUUCCACCCCGACGGUGGUCCUUCCCGUGCAUGCGACUUGUGCUGGAGCGCCUUCCAACGCUGGGGAGAGAAUCGCACCGACCGCCUGAACAAGAUCCAGAAUAACAUCGACACCGGCAGCAUCAAUGAGGAAACCCGCUCUGAGGACAUGGAUGCCAGUCAAGAGUCUGGCCGUAACGCUCUCCAGGCUAACCUGGGCCAGACUCCUGAUGUUGCUGCCAGUGUUCCUCGUGACUGGAACUGGAGCACUUUCUAA